AUGAAUGGUUGGUUGCCGUGCUUCACCGCAUCCACCUCCCUCAUAUUCAUAUUCAGAGAAUUGUUGACGUUUUGUGACUGGUAUUCCUUAUUGAAUAUUUUUUGUUGGGGUUCCUCUCCGGGAUGGGAAAUAAGUGCAGGUGCUCCAUCUAUGUUCCGAAAAUUCAGCUACAAGGAAAUAAAGAAGGCGACAGAAACCUUCAACACGAUCAUUGGACGAGGGGGAUUUGGAACUGUGUACAAAGCUCACUUUGGUGAUGGUUUAGUGGCAGCAGUGAAGCGGAUGAACAAAGUUUCAGAGCAGGGGGAGCAUGAGUUCUGCAGAGAGAUAGUGCUCCUUGCUAGAUUGCAUCAUCGUCAUCUUGUUUCUCUAAGGGGUUUUUGCAGUGAGAAACAUGAGAGGUUUCUCAUGUAUGAAUACAUGGCAAAUGGUAGCUUGAAGGAUCAUCUUCACUCUCCAAAUAGAACUCCUCUAACUUGGCGGACUAGAGUCCAAAUUGCCAUUGACGUGGCUAAUGCUCUGGAGUAUCUCCAUUUCUAUUGUGAUCCUCCUCUGUGCCAUAGAGAUAUUAAGUCUAGCAACAUCUUAUUGGAUGAGAGUUUUCGUGCCAAGGUUGCGGAUUUUGGCCUUGCGCAUGCAUCGAAAGAUGGUUCUAUUUGCUUUGAAGCGGUAAACACGGAUAUCCGGGGCACUCCAGGUUAUAUGGAUCCUGAGUAUGUGGUUACCCAAGAGCUGACGGAGAAAAGUGAUGUGUACAGCUAUGGUGUGCUACUGUUGGAGAUAGUGACUGCGAGACGUGCAAUACAAGACAACAGGAAUUUGGUAGAAUGGUCGCAAAAAUACAUGGCAUCAGAGUUAAGGCUACCUGAUCUAGUGGAUCCCAGUAUACGGGAUUCAGUUGAUCUGGAUCAGCUUCAGACUAUCAUGUCUGUUGUGAGAUGGUGCACCCAGAAAGAAGGCCGGGAUAGGCCUUCAAUUAAACAGGUUCUCAGGCUUUUGUAUGAGAGUUCAGAUCCAAUGCAUAGUGGAUUUCUAGCAGCUGUGGAUGAUGAAGCGUACGAAGAGACUGAAGGACGGGGAAGGAAUAGUAAAGGGAAGAUGCAUAGGAAUGACAUGAUUUUUCACAGUGGGGAUGGAAGAUAUCUUGCUUCUUCUUCAAGUACAUCCAGAUCCUACUGUAGUAGAAGCUUCUUGCUGGAAAAUGGUUCCCCACAAUCCCCUCCAAAUAUUCUAUCCGUUUGAAGCAUUCAUUUAGCCAUUAUCACCAUUUAGAAAGGGCUGGUAGCACUUGAUCAUUUUUGAAACCACUGAAUCAGAUUGCCGGCCAGUUGCGAGAUUCGAGGUACGUUGAGUAUUUCUUUAGCUCAACCUUUUGAAAA